AUGGACGGCUCUGAGAAUCGGCUAUUCCGCUUUUCCAAACCAGAAUGGCUCAACAACUCGACAGUCCGCAAUGCGGGCGUCUACACAUCAGGCGCACUGUUUUCCCUCGGUUUCUUCUUCCUCAUCGACGCCGCAGCCUUCUCACAUAGCUUUCGCAAUGCUUCAACCGUGCACGUCAAAUUCGUCGAUUGGAUUCCGGGAAUCUGCUCCGCGCUGGGAAUGCUUGUAAUCAACUCGAUUGAGAAGUCGCGAUUGCAAGCCGACAGCUUUAGUUACAGUGGGAAUGGCGUUGCGUGGAAGGCGCGGUUUGUCCUGUUCCUGGGGUUCGCGUUGCUUGCUGGUGGUUUGGCGGGAAGUGUGACGGUCAUGGUUCUCAAGUACCUUAUGCCGAAAUAUCCGCUGCCGACGCUGUAUUUUGGGAUUGCGAAUGUUAUUUCGAAUGGGCUUGUGAUGCUGAGCUCGGUUGUUCUUUGGAUCUCUCAGAACAUUGAAGACGACUACACCUAUAACCUCGCGCUGUAG